CACACCCAUCUCCUCUGACUUCAGGAAACAAUCAAAGUUAACCAGAAAUGAAACCAAACAAGGGAACCAGAAAUGAAACCAAACUUUUGACAGCCCGGACUUCUGACUCCCCUCAGCCAUGGCGGGGCCUAGUAUCACCCUGAAGACGAACCGCCUUUGCUGUCACCUCUGCGACGAGCUUCUCAGGGAUCCCGCAACUAUUUCUUGCGGACACAGUUUCUGCUUGUGGUGCAUCAACAAGCACCUGGAUCGUGACGAAGGGAUGAACCGCGCGUGCAGAUGUCCUGAAUGCGGUCAAACGUUUCUCUCCAGACCCAAUUUGAUCAGGAACACAACUCUAUCCGAAUUGGUGAGGGACAUGGAGAGACGUGGUGCUAAGAGGAAACACUCGGAGCUGUCCAAGCCGCAGAGAGCAGCCUGGAGCUGUACGGAGACAGGGCCCUCUUCAGGGAGCGGGCUGUGCGGGGAGCACCGCAGCCCUCUGGACAUCUACUGCUGCACCGACGAGCGCAUCAUAUGUGCGAUGUGCGCUUCAGCUGAGCACACGGGACACACAUUCGGGUCUGUGGGGGAGGAAAGGAGGAUGAAACAGAAAGAGCUGAAAAAUAUGCAAACAAAAUCCAAGCAGAUUCUCCAGGAACAAGAAAAGAAAUAUAGGAACAUGGGGGAGACUCUCACAGAGAUUCAGGAGAAGGGGAGAGAGACACAGGACUACUGUGAAGCCGUCUUGGUUGGCGUCAUCGACUGCCUCCAGAGACAUUACAUGUCAGUGAGGAAGCUGAUCAGAGGCCAUGAGGAGGAGGCAGCAGCUCAGGUCAAGAUCUCCCAACAGGCCCUGCAGCUGAAGAUGGACGAAAUGAGGAAGAGAGAUGCUGAGCUGGAUAGUUUGGCACAGACUGACAGUGAUGUUCAUUUCCUGCAGGAAUGGCCCUCAAUGAAGCUCCUCUGUAAAAAAGACCAUCUCCAUGAGGACCCAAAGGAUCCUCUUCUCCCCUUUAAGUUCACCAAGAGAGCCGUCAAUCAUCUCGGGAAGCAACUGAAGGAAUUUUGCGACAGAAAGUUUGCCUCAAUCUCUCAAACUGAUGACGGUGCAGAGCAGCAGGAAUUAGAAGAAGAUUCAGAGGAGAACGACAUGCAGCAAAGACGUGAAGCCGGUUUCUCUGGAGUUAACAACAUGGCUGAACAGAACAUGGAGCCCAAAACCAGAGCAGAGUUCCUGCAGUAUGCAUGCGACCUCAGCCUGGACCCCACCACAGCUCAUGAGGACCUGGAUAUUUCUGCAGGAGACAAAGAAGUGAGGCUGAGCCUUCUCAAGCGUAAGACCCCGGCUGUUCGUUCCCCGGAGAGGUUCAUCCACCGACGGCAGGUUCUGUGCAGGGAGGGACUGCAGGCCGCGCGCUGCUACUAUGAGAUAGAGGUGGAAGGAGACAAGGCUGAGAUCGCCCUCGCCUACAAAGGAAUGGUCAGAAAGUCUAGUACCGCCCUGUCAGCUUUUGGGGCCAAUGCAAAUUCCUGGAGUCUUGAUCGCUCUGCUCACUACUCUGUGAGCCACAGAGGUGACAGCAUCCAGCUCACAACGUGCCCCAGUCAAGGCAGGCUCGGGGUUUAUCUGAACUUUACAAAGGGAACUCUGUCAUUCUACGAGGUGUCCGACUGUAUGAAGUUUCUUUACAAGGUUGUAGCUGAAUUCACAGAGCCUCUGUAUCCGGGCUUCUGGCUCGGAGAGAAAUGUUGCAUCAGGAUCUGUGAUUUGAGACGGGAUGGACUGUGAACUACCUGAGAUGUUCCCAGACCCGAUUUGAGAACCAGCGUUUUUAAGUUUAUUACUUGAAGAAUCAGCUUGUUCUUGAUAAUCAAACUGAACAGAUGCAUUAACGAACAUAACACAGCAUUCUCCUACAUGCUACAUCAUACUUUUUAAACUUGAUAUUAUUUUCAUGUCUGCUUGCUGUUUAAUUUCUUUAACUUCAACACUUAAUAAGUAUAUUUAAAACAAUUACACCCAAAAGCUACAUUUGCAGGUGUUUUUAUACUGAAAACCUUCAGUGGCUACAUAGGUUAACAUGGGUAACAAAUUAUUAUUUGUAUUGAUUCAUUUCUGUUUUAUUUUCAAUUACAACAAUAAGACAUGCAGGUAGUACAUAUAUAUAUACAGUAGAAAGUUUUUAUAAACAAGAAGUUAGCAAUGCUAUUGAUGCUGUUCUCAGGUACAGUUGUGCUUUGAGCUAAAUGCUUAUGUCAGCAUGAUCACUUGCUCAUGACAAUGCCAACAUGCUGACGUUAAGCAGGUAAAAUGUUUACCAUCUUAGUUUAACUAACUAGCUUAGUAACAUUCCUGAUGAUGUUAUAAUGUAAACUUAUAAAUUCUAUUUUUUUUACACAGCUUUGUAUCUAAAUUAAAAAAGAGUUUAAAAAAAGCAGCAGCUUGUCCACUCUUUAUUAUUAAUAUUUUUGGUUCACAUUUUUCUUUUUACAAUAAUUGUCAGUA